AUGGACCCGUCUACUCGGGACGUAGAGUCCUUUGCGGCGAGCCUCGACGCCUUCCGAUCAUGUCUGGACGAGAGCCAGAGCGCCGCCUUUGCCUCGGCCAACUUUGACGACCUGCAGCUCGACAUUCUCGCCAUCCAGGCCGACCAGGAUCGCCACCGCACCAUGAUGAACCUGCCGCGCCUCAACUCCUUUCUCGCCGGCAUGGAAGGGCUCGAUUCGGCCUUGCGUUGUUUCCUCUCGGACGAAAUCGUCACCACCCUCAUGGCCCACAUCUGGGGACCGACCCGUUGGUUUUUAAAGACGGCUAGUGUAGACGACUUUGCCUUUGACCAACUCCUUGACGUGUACUACUUGCUGGGGCAGGAGUUUGUGCCCUUCAACGAGCCCUCAUGGCGAGGUCUCGCGGCUAACUUUGAGGCUAUCGCUGUGAGCCUUAAAAUGCACGCCGCCGUGAUCGAGGAAGUCAUGUUUCGAACCACUUCCAGCUCCCCCGCGGCCCAGCGGCGCGCGUCUGAUACCAUGUCAGACAUUGUCUGGGAUCGUUCAUCCGUGGCCGCCAAGAUGCACCAGUACUCUGUCCAAAGGCAAGUCCUGUGGCAAGAUUUCGACGCGCAAGCGCGCGACCGCAUGCAGCGGCAGAGCCUCGAGGUGUCACGCUGGAUAGCGGCGUCCCCCGUGACCGAUGCAUUGCACGCCGAGUAUUGUCGCGCCAGGGCCAGCGUGCCCGGCGCCGGACGAUGGCUGCUCGGACGCCCCGAGAUAGGCAGGUGGUUGACAGCACCGGACCUUGACAGUCCUGUGAUAUGGCUUCACGGCAAGCCCGGAAUUGGCAAGACUGUGCUCUCCUCGAUGCUCGUAGAGGAAUGCGUCUCUCUGCAGCGGCAGGGGGAGGUUCCGCCAGCCUCACAAGUCCACUUCUUCUACUGCGAGGAAGGGGAUGCCAACCUCAACACUGCACUCGGCGUGUUCAGGGGGCUUCUCCACCAGCUGCUACUCUCUCGAGAAGAUCUGCUGUCGACAAUGCUGGACGAGGCGCGCAACGGCGGCCAGCUCACAUUGAGCACGAGUGAGACGGCUCGAGACCUCGUGGAGCUGUGCCUGGAAAGCCCUUCGCGACGCUACAUCGUCAUUGAUGGUCUUGAUGCGUGUGAGCCCUCAGAAGCGAAGCGCGUCGUGAGCCUGUUGACGCACAUGGCCAAGAAGCCUGGGCUGAAAAGAGUGUUCGACGCAGCCAACAUGUUGGAGAUUGAUCCAGCACAAAACCUUCGUGACAUUCACCACUAUGUAGGUGUGCGCUUGGCGAAAGCCACAGGCCUGCCUCUCAACGAAGACGAGACGAACCAGCUGCAGGACCAGGUGACGCGUCAGAGCGGUGGUCUAUUUCUCAAUGCCCAUCUCGCCACCGAGAGUCUCAUGCUGCAGCGUUCGCGAACAGAGCUGCAGGAAGCUGCUAGUCGCGACAAUAACACUGGUGACUGGUAUGCCAGAAUACUCAGUGGUGUCAUGCAGCGGGUCGAUCAGGAGUUCCGAGGUGGCAGGGAACGGGCUUCGGCCCUCUUCUCCUGGCUGUCCGGUGCGAAGCGACCAUUGCACUGGCACGAGGUCCUCCCUGGAACGAGGAUUCAGUUGAUCCAUCAGACUGCCAAAAUGCACAUUGAGAUGCCACGAGCGCAAUGCGACUUGGCCAUCUUUUGUCUCGACCACCUGUCGCAGCCUUGGUUCGAUCCUGAUUGCCCUGAAGUUGACCGCCGGGGCCAUGCUCUCCAGGGACGACUGGCACUCGAAGACUACAUUGUAGCCAACUGGGCCGGCCACCUCGAAGCCGUGCUUCACGACUGCAAGCAUCUUCUCAAGGACACGCCGUAUGGUUCGGCAUUCGAGCGGGCCCUCGUUAAUUUUUUCCACAUUCAUCACGCUGGUAUUUCGCAAAAUACCGACGCUCCGCCCGUUUUGAGAGCGCACGACAUUCCUGGUAUCGCCUCUCACGCGAAGCUGCUGGCGCUUUACACGCACGUGUAUAACCACAGAAAGAGCGGGCAUCAUGACCCGCGAGUCAGCGUGGUCACAGUCGACGACGCCUUCAGCAAGAAUCGAAAGGUGCUUGAAGCCCUCGCGUCUACCGUCGGUGGUCGAGGCGCCCUUGCUGUCGCAUACGGCCCAAAGAUGUUCAAGUGUAGUCAACCGGCCUGCGACUUCUUCUCAGAAGGCUUCGAGACCGAAGCCGAGCGCGAUCACCAUUUGAACCGCCACGAGCGGCCCUUCCCUUGUCCACUGGACGGUUGCACCCAAGCGCCGUUUGGCUUCACUACGAAGAAGGACAGGGAACGACACGUCCGCCACUACCAUCCUGAGGAAAGCGACCAACCUCCUGCGUUUGUACAGCCAACGCGCAGAGUGGAAGACGCCAGAUUUUUGUGUAACAUCUGCGGCAAGAGCUUCACGCGCAAUAUCAACCUCAAGGGACACAUGAGAAGCCACUUUGGCGAGAGGCCUUUCGCGUGCUCAAGUUGCGGCAAAGCGUUCACCAGGCUCAAUGAUUGUCGUAGGCAUGAGAAGAUACACGUCAAGAAGGCAGAGUAG